AUGGAUCGCCGAUACUCAAGAGAAGAGAAAGACAAAGGAGUUAGUGGAUCUCACCGCUGGAUGAGAGAUCCACCUAUUCGUCUCCCCGACGAAGCUAAUCCCGAUUUGAUUGAAGCAAAUAAACUAACCCUAAUCGGAAGAAUGCUCAACCCGACGAUUCAGAAGCCUAAGAAUCUGGUCGGAUUCAUGCCGCAGGUGUGGCGCUUGGAGGAUCGGAUUACUGGUAAGGAUCUCGGACCUGAGAAGUUUCAGUUCAAAUUCAAAUCAGAAACAGACCUGCAGGCAGUCCUCAACGAAGCACUCUUCCACUUCAAACGGUGGAUGUUCGUUCUGCAGCGGUGGGAGCCGGUGAUUUCGGACGCCUUCCCUUCGCGUAUCCCAUUCUGGGUACGUAUCCACGGUAUUCCGUCACAAUGUUGUACUGAAAAUAAUUUGAAAGCCAUCGGAAAUGUAUUGGGAAUCUAUGAUGCUUAUGAUAUUGAUGAUGCCGCUGUUCGGGUCUAUGUUGAUGCUCUCAAACCGCUCAUUCAGAAACAGUCAAGUCAGUUCCCAUCUGGGGUAGAAGUCUCUGUGGUUUUUGAGUACUUGCGCUUGGAAAAGCAUUGUUUUCUGUGUAUGUCGUUGUCACACGAGAAGGAGAACUGUCCACAAGCUCUUAACACUCGAGACUUGAAGCUCCAAGACCCGUAG